AUGGCGCAACACGACGGGGCCGAUGCCCAUGCCGGCCAUGCCGCCCCCGCACAACCGCCCAUGAAAUCCGGCACUGCUACGCCCAAGCUGAACAGCGAGGUUGAGCUCGGUAGCCUGCCCAGCGAAGCACAGAAGGAUAUUAUGCAGAUGGCAAGAGUAGGCGAUAUUGCCGGCAUGGAGAAGCUUUUCGAGGCCGGCGAGUACGAUGCGACAUACUCGGACGACGAGGGCAUCACGCCCCUACAUUGGGCCGCCAUCAACAACCAGUAUGCCAUGUGCAAGUUCCUCAUCGACAAGGGCGCCGAGAUAAACAAGAAGGGAGGAGAGAGCGUCGCAACACCCCUACAGUGGGCCGCCCAACGAUGCCACUACUAUACCGUCCACCUGCUCCUCCAGCACGGCGCCGAUCCCUUGAUCACCGAUUCUCAGGGGUACAACACACUACACAUCAGCACCUUCAACGGCAAUGUCCUGCUGAUCGUGCUCCUCCUACACCAAGGCAUCCCCGUCGACGUCGAAGAUGCCUACGGCCACACAGCCCUGAUGUGGUCAGCAUACAAGGGCUUCCCCGCCUGCGUCGACGUCUUCCUCCGCUGGGGAGCGAGUGUCCACGCCAAGGACGAGCAAGGCUUCACGGCACUUCACUGGGCAUUGGUAAAGGGCAGCCCGGGCUGCAUCCAAAAGCUGAUCGAGUACGGCGCCGACCGAUUCGCAAAGACGGCCACCGGCAAGACCCCUUCGAUUACAGCUCAGGAGCUCAACACGGCUGCCGCGUGGCAGAAGGCGCUUAACGAGUGCGGUUACGACGAGGAUGGCAACGCCAUCGUCCCCAGCUGGCCUGGCGCGUCGUAUCUCCUUCAGGAUAGGAGAUCGUUCAUGACCAAGUUCACGUUUCUAUGGCCGUUCGUCAUGGUGUGGGCGACCAUGGUUGUCAUGGCUGGCAUGCCCGUGUUUGUUGGGAUACCGUUGGGCAUCUUGGCGGGCUAUGCCGUGCAGUGGGUAGCACAGCAGGUCAUCGCUUAUGCCCCGCCAAACAUGAGGCAACUGCAGAAGACGCCUUGGAUGGCUGGUAUCUUUGCUGGCUCGUUGUUUUUGUGCACCUCGAACUGGUUCCUGCGCAUCUUUGGCAGCACAAUGUUUGGAGAGGAUGGAGCAGUCCUCUCCAACUUGCUGUUUGCCUUUUUCAUCUCCAUGACUAUCUGGUUCUACAUCAGGUGUAUGGUUGAUGACCCUGGGUUCGUGCCCAAGAUGGGGGGUGUCGCUGAGCAAAAGGCCGUCAUUGAUGAGCUUAUCAGCGUGUGGAAGUUUGACGAGUCAAACUUUUGCGUUACCUGCAUGAUCCGCACGCCUUUGAGGAGCAAGCAUUGCCGUAGGUGUCAACGCUGCGUGGCGAAGCAUGAUCAUCACUGCCCUUGGGUGUACAACUGCAUUGGCGUCAACAACCACCGUCACUUCUUCCUUUACCUUAUCAAUCUCACUCUGGGCAUCAUCACCUAUGACUGGUUGACCUACAGAUACCUCUCCGCCCUCUCUGAGACCGCCUCCGAUGAAUGCAACAUCCUCGCCCCGUCGCUCUGCCGCAUCGUCAAUGCCGACGCCUACAGCCUUCUAACCGCCAUAUGGGCCACCCUUCAACUCACCUGGGUCUCCAUGCUCCUCUUCGUCCAGUUCGUCCAAGUCUCUAGCGCGAUGACCACCUACGAAAACAUGCACGGCAUCGACAACUACUCCGCCACCUCCCUCAACAGCGCCUUCACCUCCACCGGCGCCCCCCUCAACCCGCCUUCUCUUCCCGCCCCCGGUCCAUCUCCUGCUGCAGGCGGCGCUCGCCACGGUCACGCCCACGGCGCUCACGGCAAACACGGUCACAAGCAAGGGUUCAUCAAGCAGUGGUCCCGUCUCCUCGGCGUCGACGCUUUCAUGGAAACCGCCGCUGGUCGGGGCGCCGCAACUGGAAAGGGUGGCAAGAGAAACAAGCGCGGCAACCCCUAUAGCAGAGGGUGCGUCACGAAUUGUAAGGACUUUUGGUGCGAUCCGAGCCCGAUGUUUGGGAAGCAUGAGAAUGGUGCGGCGGUGCUGGGCGGUGUGCCGGUGAAUUAUACGGAUAUGUAUGAGAGUCCGGGGGUGAUGACUGCUAGUGGUGGAGGGAGGAGGAGGGGUGGGGGGUAUGAGAGCGUUGCUGGUGAGGAGGUGUAG